UUUCAAGUCAUUGACCACCACCACAGUUAACUUCUCUGGAGGCAGUCCUGCGAUUCUCCUUACAAUGGACCAAUACGAGCCUCCUAUCUGCAAUCUCAGUGAAGCGCGCGCUAUAUUCAACAGUGUUAAUCCCACCCCUUACCAAAGGUUAACCCCCUUGGAAGACUUUGAAAACUCAAAGCGCACGCCUGGCACGCCUAAAGACCUUAACACGGCCGACCGCAUCGAGUGGUAUAUGGAAAUCGAUCAUCAUCAGACUUGGGGUUUUGUGAUUUACCGUACAACCUACAACAGUGAUGCUGACUGGACUGUGUUUCUGCAGCAUCUGCGCUCCAGAAUGGAGUCCUCACUUACAGUAUUCAAUGGCCUGGACAUUCUGGACUCAUUUACCUUGACUGUAUUGGAGGACCGAUCACUUUUUGAUGGUGCCAGUGCAGAUACUGUCCGGCGGCAUUUUCAGCAGUGGUCCUUGGAUGCAUUCCAGGCUGAGCAGCGGACAGCUGAGCAGCUGGCACCCAGAAUUGGUCAAUCUCCGCGCUACCGCUACUGCAUCCAAGUUGAUGCGGACUCAUUGGCAUCAAUUAUUCAUGAUGGCUCUGCACCAGAAGUUUACAGGAGAAAGACAGCAUGGGUGAAAAUCAUUGACAAGUCAUGGUACCUGGGGAGAAGUGUGGGCACAAUGGAAGAACUUGAGCCAAUCGAAGGCCUUGGAGUGAAUGAUGUUGGUUGGAUGAAGAUUUCAUUUGAAAAUGUCAUGACUGAAUGGUAUACGCGGCUCUGGCAGUGGAAUUUUUGGACAUCACACUACCAACGUCCUCCAAGAGUUGUCAAUUAGGCCGGCUCUACUUUGUCAACAUGACCUAGCAAGUAAACAUAUUUUCCUUUAUGAAUGGCUCCAAUACUAUUGUUGUUGAUUCUAUCCUCAGAAUAUACAUGAAU